AUGUCCGUGGUGAUCAACGAUGACGACCACUUCAAGAAAGUGUUCGAGGAGAAGAAAGGCAAGCCGAUCAUCCUAUUUUUCACUGCCACUUGGUAUCCGGAGGCUUCCUAUUCUCCAUCAGUUUCCGAAUUGCAGGUGCGGUCCGUGUAAGCUCAUGAAGCCGAUCGUCGAGGAAAAGGCCAAAGAGAACGCCGGGCGAUUCACUGUUCUUCUGAUCGACGUAGACAUCUGCGAGCAGGCCGUCGAACAGUAUUCGAUAGACUCGAUGCCCACUUUCCUUUUGGUCAUCAACGGAGAAAUCAAGGAUUCUUUCAGUUCGUACAGUCCGGGAAAAUUCGCGGCUAUGGCUGAAAAAGCGCUCAAGUAA